AUGUGAUACGGUUUCGUCGCUUGUAGACAAACUUGCGUGGUGAUCUCGUGUCGUUUUUGUAAUUCACAUUUUACCUCGUUGAACAUGGUUAUUGAUUAUUAUAUACAACACUAGCAUAGAUGAUAAACUCUUUAUUAUCUACGACACUGACCGGGCGACGGGCGCAGUUGAACGCCGAACGUCAACUAUCACGUUUUCAUUUUUAUACAGCACCUGAUGGUUUACUCAUUGUAUUCGCCGGUUUAUUAAACACGAACACAACUACAAGAAUUUGACGUUUAACUUGACAGUCCGGUAAUCACCCGUAGAGAUAACUAUUUCCUAUGAUCCGUUCAAGCGUAGUUUAAUAAUUGUAAUAAUUACAAUUUUUAUGAUUUGAUCGUUCAGUUGCUGUACAGUCUUCUUCUCCCUCGAUUGCGACCCAUUGUUCACUUGAAGAACCAAAAUAAGAGUAUUAAAUAUUGCUUUACAAUGGAACACAAGACGGUAUCAGUUAAAAAUCGAAACAGGACUAAGAAUAACAUCUAUAUGAAAAAACUCAAUCACACAUUGGCAAUUAACAGUAAUUUACGUAAACUUAAUGAAGAAUUAUCAGAUCAAAAUAAAGAAUUAUCAACCACCAGGAAUAAUUUAUCAAUGGAGAAAUUGUCAUUGCAAAAGGAAAACAACUCUCUCAGAAAUUCAAAUAUUCAACUAACUGCAAUGCAUAAUAUAAUGAAUAAAAAACUUAUUGCCCUAGAACAAACUAUGCAAAGCUGUAUACCUGCAUUGGUAAAUAUGUCACAAUGCAUUCCAUCUAUGUUAGAAACUGUACACGAAAUGAGUAAAUUUGAGAUUAAAGACUUCAACAAGGAAACGAAAGUAAGACUGACAAAAACUGUAAAUCCUAUGGUCAAAGGUCAUAUGAUUAUGCAACCACAACUUAGAUUAGAUCGAUUUGAUUUGCCCACUCUCCGUGAAAGUCCUAAUUCUAGUGCUGAAAAAACACCAAAAAGACCAAAAAAACUAAGUUAUAGAAAUUCACCACAAUGCAAACUUAAUAUGGAACCAUAUGUAAGAUUAAAAGAUGUUGCAGCUAUGCUGAAGAACUCUAAAGCUGUUCCUAAUGAAGAAGCUCCUCAACGUCAAUCAAAUGAAGAUUUAGGUGAAGGUCCAAGUUGGUUAUAUGAUACAGAAAAUCAAACACAUAAUUCGAACAAUAAUACUAAUGCAAUACAAAAUGUUCAAAGUUCUCCUCAGUCAACGACACUUAAUGAAGUUCAAGCUGAUGUGACUGCAAUUGCUUCUACUUCAAGUAGUAAUACAGAUAAUACAUUUGAUGGAAAUGAAGAACGCCGCAAUGAGUUAUUAUCUCCUGUUAAUUCAAGUAUGCUAAGAAAUGUUACAUCUCGAAAACGUCCUAAACAAUCAACUGAUUCAAACAGUGCUUCAGAUAUUGAUGAUUCAACUUCUUCAUCAAGACCUAGUAGAUCUGCAAAAAAAAAAAUCAACUAUAAAGAAAAGAGCCUUGGCGAUAAACUCAGAAGAUAAUUGUAUCAAGUAUCAUAAAACUAAAUUAGAAAUUGUUUAUGGUAUUUAAUUUUGUGUAUUAUACUAUUAUACGUAAUUUUUCAUUAUUAGUUAACAAGAAAUAUUUUUUAAAUAAUCAUGAUUUGGUCCAGGUUUUAAUUUUGGACUUCAUAUAACAUUUAUUUUAUCUUACUAAGGGAAGUAAAUAAAAUUAUAAAAUUUAUUAUAUCUUACUAAGGAAAGUAAAUAAAAUUAUAAAAUUUAUUAUAUCUUACUAAGGAAAGUAAAUAAAAUUAUAACAUUUGUUUUAUCUUACUAAGGGAAGUAAAUAAAAUAUAAAUCAGUUUAAUAAAUAUUAAGUAAAUUAUAAUAGUUUUUUUCAAAAAAAUUCACUACAAAGAAAAAGGUAUUGUUUGUGAACUCAGAAAAUAAUUAUUUAAUAUAUCCUAAAACUGAUAAAAAAAAAUUAUCUAUGACAUUUAAUUAUUUAUAUUUUACUAAUACAUGCAAUUUUACAUUUUUAAUGAACAACAGUUAUUCUAUAAGUAUUAUGAAUUAUGAUUUGUUAUACAUUGUAAUUUUAAAUUAAACAUGUAUAUUGUAUUUAUCAAAGGAAGUUAAUACAAUAGAAACAAGUUUUACAAAUGUUAAGUAAACUUUAAAGCAGAUUUUCAUAAAAAAAUAUAUAUGUAAGCUACCACAAGAAAGGCCUCGGUGGUAAAUUUAGUAUAUAAUUAAUUGAUGUAUCAUUAAACUCAACUGAUAAACAAAUUGUAUUUAAUAUUGCAUUUUGUGUAUUACUUUAUUUUAUUAUUUUAAUGUAAUUUUUCUGUAUAAGCAAACAACUGUUUUUUUCAUUUGUUGAUUUUUUCUAAUUGUAAAUUGAAUACAAUAUGACUAUUUUAUUCUAUUAAAAGAAGCUUAUAUAAUUAAAAUUAGUUUUGUUUUAAAUAUUUUGGUGAAUUUUAAUGGUUGCACUUGGUUGAAUUUCUGUUUGUGAAUAAAAAAUCAAAAUGUUUAUAAUAAUAUGUUAUACAGCAAAGGAUAAUAAUAUUAGUAUUGUUAAAAUUUAGUUAAUUUUAACGGUAAAUAAAAUUAUUUAUUUAAAUUGUAA